CAUCUCAGAAAAUCUAAACCGUCCAUCAUACUCGAUCAUUGGUGGGACACUCUGUGAACCGUUCAGAUAUACGAAGUAUUUAAACCCGACCGCAGAGGAUUAUACACCUCCAAGGUCCUCGUCGACUUUAUAAAGCAAACCAAACUCUGCAGAACCAAAGCUACCAAUCGGUCUCUGUAAACAUGGAUCGCUAUCUCUCUCUUCUUCUCGCAUUCUCUCUCUUGAUCGUCUCGCGUGCGCAAUCGGACGGGGCAGAUCCGCUGAUCAGGCAAGUGGUCGACGGCGGCGAUGAUCACCAGCACGACCAUCGGCUCGGAGCCGAACACCACUUCUCGCUCUUCAAGCACCAAUUCGGCAAGUCGUACGCGAGCCAGGAGGAGCACGACUACAGGUUCGAAGUGUUCAAGGCGAACCUGCGCCGAGCCGCGCGACACCAGAUGCUCGAUCCUUCGGCUCAACACGGCGUGACUCGGUUCUCCGAUAUGACCCCGGCCGAGUUCCGAAAGAGUCAACUCGGACUCAGAGGGCUGAGGCUCCCUUCCGAUGCCACCAAGGCUCCGAUUCUCCCGACCGAGAAUCUGCCUGAGGAUUUUGAUUGGAGGGAUCGUGGAGCUGUCACCGCCGUUAAAAAUCAGGGCUCGUGCGGGUCGUGCUGGAGUUUCAGUACUACAGGAGCUUUGGAAGGUGCCCAUUUUCUGGCGACUGGAGAGCUUGUGAGCCUCAGUGAGCAGCAGCUUGUGGAUUGUGAUCACGAGUGUGAUCCAGAGGAGGCAGGUUCAUGCGACUCUGGAUGCAAUGGCGGGCUCAUGAACAGUGCCUUUGAGUACACACUCAAAGCUGGUGGACUAAUGAAGGAAGAAGAAUAUCCAUACACUGGUACUGAUCGCGGAAGCUGCAAAUUUGACAAAAGCAAAAUUGCAGCAAAGGUUGCCAAUUUCAGUGUUGUCUCCCUUGAUGAAGAACAAAUUGCUGCAAACCUUGUGAAAAAUGGCCCUCUUGCAGUGGCUAUCAACGCAGUGUUCAUGCAAACAUAUGUUGGUGGAGUGUCAUGCCCCUACAUUUGCUCAAAGAGAUUGGAUCAUGGGGUGCUGCUCGUGGGUUAUGGUGCAGCUGGCUAUUCUCCCAUCAGAAUGAAAGAGAAGCCAUACUGGAUCAUAAAGAACUCAUGGGGAGAGAACUGGGGAGAGAAGGGAUUUUACAAAAUCUGCAAGGGCCGUAAUAUCUGCGGUGUAGACUCCAUGGUCUCAACUGUUGCUGCAGCAUCUGUUGAGACCAACCCACAGUAGGCUUCAACCCCAACUUAUAAUUGCAGUUUCAGACCCAAAAAAAAAAAACUUAUAAUUGCAGUUGGAAUAUCUGUGUGUAAUGUAUAUACAAGUUCGGAGACAUUUAUUUGGGCAACUCCAAUUGUUGUUGACACUGUCAGCUGUCAGCCUCGCAAAACAUAAAACUAAACAUAGCACCACCCAUGUACUUUAUAAUUCUUGGGGUUUGCCGGAACAGCUUAAAUGUCCUUUUUUAUGUGGUGUUAAUGCAAGUUCUUCCAACUUUAUAUAUGG